AUGGUUGAAAUCGAUGUUGAAACUAUGCCACAUCAAAUAAUAAAUAAUAUUGAAAAUUUAAAUCCAUUAAUUGAUCUUGAUGAACCAGAACAUGAUGGAUAUAUUAAAAAAUUAAACAGAAUUGAAUUAAAUAAUCGUAGAAGAAGAUGGAAGUUAAAAUUAUUGAGUUUAAUAAUUAAUAAAAAUGAUAAUCAACAAAAUUUGACGAAUAAUGAGGCUCAAAUGGUAUUCGUCGAUAAACAACAAUUAUAUGUUGCCGAUAAUAAUAUACCGUUUUUUAUACCAAGAUCCAUUGAUGCUGUACGUGAAUCAAUGAAAGAUCGUCUUCAAAAAUCCCUAUUAUCUAUUCAGAGAAAUGAUGAAUAUAUUCAGAAUGAAACUACUGAUCAAUCUCAUCAUCAAUAUGAUACAUCUGUUGGUCUUAUGGCAUUGGCAACAUACGCACAAAAAAUUGCAUUUCGAGAAAUACUUAGCAUUGAUGAAUCGAGACAGCCACCAGUAAUAAAAGGUGAUGAUGUAAAACAUGAAGAAACGUAUCCUAUAACAGAUUUUUAUGAUGAACAAGAUCUAAAUGAAUUUGAAGAUGUUUUAACGAAACAACGUGAUGCCUACAUGAAUUUACCACCAAGAAAACCGUCUGAUAUGAUUUAUAUGAAAUUUUGUUGUCUCUUUGAAAUAAAUCGUGAUUCCAGUGAAAGUUGUUUGAGUAUUCGAUUACUCGAUAUUAUAUUUAAAUUUAAAUUGACCGAUUUUAAUAUAUAUUGUGAGUUACGUAUUCAAAAACCAGCUGAAGAAGAAUUAGUUCUUGAACGACAAAUACAAGGAAUCGAUAUACAAUCACAAUGGGGAAUGGAAAUGAAAUUUUUAUCGUUUGAUUGGAUUGAACAUCAAGAAGUUGAAUUACAAUUUACAUUGAAAAUUGAAUCAACAACAUUACUUAGUAAUACAUUUAUUGGAGGAGCAAAAUUUCAAGAUCAUUGCCAUCUUUAUGUGAAAAAUAUACCUCAUGGAUCGAGCAAAAUAUUUUUGAGAGAAAUGAUACCAAUUGCUAGAAAUAAAUUGAGAUCAAGAGGUUAUAAUGUUGGACAAAUUGAAAUCGAAGCCGUUCAUUGGAAAGAGAAAAGCGAACUAGCUAUUAAAGUUAUCAAAAUAACACAUUCACAAGCAGAAAAACUUUUAACAACACCAGAAACAUUUGUUGAAGUUGUAUUCCAAGAUCCAUUUUCAAUUCACGAUAUUAAACGUACAAAAUUAGCUGAACGGUCAUUUAAUCCAAAUUUUAAUGAAGAAUUUGUAUUUCGAUUACCGGCAAAAACGGCGAUUAGCGAUAUAACGAUUGAUCUUCUUUUUAUUGAGCAAUCACCUUUACAACAUAAUUUAACACCCAUUGGUAUUUUGACGCUUUCAAAGCAUACAGACUGGUAUCCGGUUAGACGUUUUUGGGCCGAAGUUGAACAAACUCCAAACGUUCGACAUACAGACAAAUUUAUAUUUGAAGGGACUGGCGCUGAAUGA